AUGUCGUUUAUAAUGUCUUCUAUAUUGUCAGGCCUGGCUAUCCAAGCCACACUGCUGUUCGCCUCGCUGGCCCGGGCGCAGUCGUUCACGAUAGCAGGCGGGCAGAUAUUCACACCCGGGCUGGUAGUUUGGAAUGCGCCGCAACCGGGAACACCGAUGGGCGGAGAUACACUUCAUAUAUCGAUCGAUGUGACGGCAAAUGGCAGGCUAAACCUGCCGCCCUACGCUGCGGAGAGCCCUACCAAGAUACACAACAUUACCAUGUUCCUCUACAGCAGAGAUACGGGCAGGAACUUUACGAUAUCCAACGGUACCGCGACCCUGAACAACAACAGCUUUGGCGAUCUCAUGGCCCAGGAGCCCGGAAGCACGGUCAAGCACAUCAACUGGCUCUGGCCGAACUGCCUUGCUGGUGACGGCCAGCCAAGAGACGCUGGCAGCGCUCGGGGUGUCUAUAACAUCUCCAUCCGCCAGAACUUCCGACUGAACGGCCAGGACCACUACACCGUCUUCGACCUGCCCAUCUCGGUCACCAACCGGAUCGACUCUGGGCUGGACCGGCCGCCAUGCGACGAGCUCAGCAACCCGCUCCUAGACGAGGACCGGAUCGACGCCCGCUCCGCAAACAGCGUCGGCGUCCUGUUCGCGCCCGGCGACGCGACCCAGGUCCAGUUCGUCGACAACUCCAAGAACAAGGGCGACGGCCUGGGGCCCUCGAGGGGUCCCGCCAACGGGCUCGGUUCUGCUGCCAGCAGCACUGUGGGCUGGCACGCCGGGGCAGUCUGGGUUUGGGGGCUCUGCGCUACUCUGGCACUUUUUGCCUGA